AUGCCUGCAUCUUCUCCUUCGACUUUACCGGCGGGCCAUGUGUCGGUAAAUGUCGCCUUUGUUAGCAAUGCUUUGCUUUCUGGACUCCUAAUGUCGCGCUUCUCGAAGCCCAACAUUCGUGGAAUGGAAACACUUCAACCAAUUCCUAGUUCCUCCUACUUCAUCGAGCAUCCUUCCGGCAGGCGACUGAUGUUUGACCUUGGUCCGCGCAAAGAUCUGGAGAAUUUAUCACCAAUGUUAUCCAAACGUAUGGCGAAGGGUGGGUGGCAGGCAGAAAUCACACAGGAAGUACCGGAAGCUCUACAGCAACAUGGUAUACCAAUCGAGAGUAUUGAAAAUGUGAUCUGGAGCCACUGGCACUGGGAUCAUGUCGGUAACAUGUCUAAGCUUCCCCAAAGCAUUGGUCUGGUUGUCGGGCCUGGCUUCACCAAGGCAAUGGUUCCGGGCUAUCCCGAGAAUCCCAGCAGUCCAAUACUAGAGUCAGAUUACUCAGGCCGAAUGCUGAUCGAGCUGAACGACUUCGGCUUGACUGUCGGCGGCCUCCCGGCUUAUGACUAUUUUGGGGACGGCUCGCUCUAUAUUUUGUCUACACCCGGACAUGCCACUGGCCACUUAUCGGCAUUGGCACGCACAUCCGAAGGCGCGAAUAGUCCCUUUGCAGGCAUAUCUGACCACUUGAACGGUGAGAGUGCAGCUUCCGAUCCUGCUACCGCCAUGGCUUCCCUCCAGAUGUUGCAGCAGCUGGAUAAAGAUAAUGGAAAUGUCUUCUUUACUGUUGCCCAUGAUAAAUUCUUGUUAGAGGUGGUUGGACUUUUUCCGAAGUGGGCAAAUGAGUGGAGGAGCAGAGACUGGGCAAAGCAAGCAAGAUGGUUGUUCUUGAGGGAUUUGGCGGAGGAGAAAGGGUUGAUCACAGCGAACACUUAG